AUGAUGGAGGAUUCAGAUGGCGGAGGGCCAUCCUGGACCUUUGGAUCUACGUUCAGUAGUUUGGACGUGGAUCAACAGGAAUUGGAUAACACACAAACGCUUACAAAAGGAAACAAUAGAGGAAACAAAGGAAACAAAAGGACAGCUGUUCGAGCAACACACCAGGAAUAUCAAUUUACUAAACAACAAAAAGUGGACACAAUAGCUGUUCACAAUGGACCACGUUAUCUGAUUUUAAAACGUACGGACGAAGGAAAGACAAUGGCUACUGUUUGCCCGUUUUUCAUCAGAAAGGCAAUGGACAGUAUCACAUCCAAUAUCACGAUAGGAAGAACGAAGGAUGGUGGACUGCUACUGAAAACCAUAAACAGACAGCAAGCAGUAAAGCUCUUGAAACAGACUCAACUUGGAACAAUAACCAUCGCAAUAAUGGAACAUCCUACAAUGAACACAACCCGUGGAACCAUCUUCUGUCCAGAUCUGAAUAUGCAUAAAGACGAGGAAAUCACAGAGGAGUUGAAACACGCACAUGUUAUCAAUGUAAAACGAAUCAAGCGGCGGAACGGUGCAAAGCUGGAAGACUCAGGAGCAUUCAUCCUUACCUUCAACUUGGGAACCCUCCCAAAUUCUAUUGAUGUAGGUUUUCAUCUGUGCAGGGUUCGACAGUACAUCCCACCCCCACUGCGGUGCAUGAAAUGCCUAAAAUUUGGUCAUAAGAAAGAUGUUUGCAAAGGAAAUCAGACUUGUGCCAACUGUGCGAAUUUAUACCAUGACAAAACUGAAUGCCAGCAAGAGAGAAGAUGUGUUGUCUGCCGUGGAGGACACCACACCUUAUCUAAAGACUGCCCAGUGUACACCGAUGAACUCGAAAUUCAACGUAUGAAGACCACCGAAAAGAUUACCUAUCGUGAAGCCAGACAAAAGAGAAGACUACAAGCACCGGACCCUAACCCACCACGACUGAGACAGUUGUUCUCUAGUCACUUCAAUACAUCUGAAGGCGAGCCCAAGAAAGUGAACACUACUAGAGACAAUAAUACAGGAAAAACCAACGAGAACUCACAGAAUGUUCAACAAAUACAACCAUGCGUAACAGGUAAAACAAUGGACAGAGAAACUCAAAUGAAUACUACAAUGACCACUAACCAAGUCGAAGAGAACUCAACGACUAAUACUAACAGCAACGAGAUGAAAAACCCCACAGCUAAUGCAGAUAAUCUCCACCAGUCCAAUGAAAGUCCAAUGAAUAAUUCGCAAAUCAGUUCGAUAACAGAUGAUAUUACUAACCCAACUAACAAUAGCCAUAAGCUUCAGAAGAACACAGAUGAAUCCAAUACUACAAACGCAACGACAGAAACUAGAAAUCUCCAUACCUUGUCACAAGCAAUCUCACAGUCGAUCUUCGUUGAUGAUAUUGAAACAGAUGAUAUUCAGUUAUAA